GGGCAGAGGAUUACCCUGAAAUUAAUCUAGGACGGCAAAUCACGCCGUUUGUAAAAUAUGCUGUAAAUUAAUCUCCGCAUCGUCUUCAGAGGAGAAACCACUCGGCGAAGAGUUCCACCACGAAAACCUUCAUGUGCUUCUGGCCACACACACACACACACACACCCGCACACACACACACACAUACAUACAUACACACACACACAGCUUCUAGAUUAGCCAAGCAGAAUAUAAACCAAUUCUACAAAUGUAAUAGGUUUGUGUUCUGGGGGGUCGAGAGGAGGAACGUGGAUCUGUGUUAAACCUAUUAAUGUGUGAGGAGAACGUAUUAAUGUACGAGGAGAACCUGUUAAUGUACGAGGAGAACGUGUUGACGUACGAGGAGAACCUGUUAAUGUACGAGGAGAACGUGUUGACGUACGAGGAGAACGUGUUAACGUACGAGGAGAACCUAUUAAUGUACGAGGAGAACGUGUUGACGUACGAGGAGAACGUGUUAAUGUACGAGGAGAACCUAUUAAUGUACGAGGAGAACGUGUUGACGUACGAGGAGAACCUAUUAAUGUACGAGGAGAACGUGUUGACGUACGAGGAGAACGUGUUAAUGUACGAGGAGAACGUGUUGACGUACGAGUACGAGGAGAACGUGUUGACGAACGAGGAGAACGUGUUGACGUACGAGUACGAGGAGAACGUGUUGACGAACGAGGAGAACGUGUUGACGUACGAGGAGAACGUGUUGACGAACGAGGAGAACGUGUUGACGAACGAGAACGUGUUGACGUACGAGGAGAACGUGUUGACGUACGAGUACGAGGAGAACGUGUUGACGUACGAGGAGAACGUGUUGACGAACGAGAACGUGUUGACGUACGAGGAGAACGUGUUGACGUACGAGGAGAACGUGUUGACGUACGAGGAGAACGUGUUGACGUACGAGGAGAACGUGUUGACGUACGAGGAGAACGCGUUGACAUACGAGGAGAACGUGUUGACGUACGAGGAGAACGUGUACGAGGAGAACGCGUUGACAUACGAGGAGAACGUGUUGACGUACGAGGAGAACGUGUACGAGGAGAACGCGUUGACAUACGAGGAGAACGCGUUGACGUGCAUCGUGGUUAUGAAAUGACCUGCGUGGGCGGGUUAAAGGAGGAAGUCGUGACUGAAGUGUUGUUGUUGUUGUUUACCUCACGACGCCGUAGAGACGCUAGUCGACUGGUUGUUGCCGUUUCGUCCGCUUACAUUUUUGUUAACGUUACUGUUCUUUCAUAUGAAUCUGAUCUUGUACAUUUUUCAUAAUAAAAUGGGUUUCAAGCCUCA